CUCUGUUGUUAGCACCACACUGAUUAACUACGAUGUUCCAAUUUUUUAGAAUUAUGUCCGACAUAAUUCUAAUUUUUGCUGUUACAGCAGAUAGUUAUGGUGUAAUGGCACGCAGGAAUAAGUCAUCCCUGUCCUCCAAAAAGCCCAUGAAAAGGAAGAAUUGAAGCAAUCUCAAAAGAAAAGAAGGGAAUCUGGAUCCUUCGUCGGAUCGUCAAAGAGCUUAGAGGGGAGCUCUACGCUUCACUGGCCAUGCAAAGCAGGGAGAGUGACGGAAGCGGAGGCACUGCUGGCUGCUGGAACGGACAUUAACAAGCUGGACAGAACGCAGUUUAACCCUUUCAUGGACGCGAUCAACUCAGGACAGGUCGACUGUGCUAGAUGGCUGCUGAGGCAAGACGGUUUAAAGCUUCAGACCGAGAUAUGGUCGUUUUGUAGGGAGAGGGUGCUAGAGUCAUUGCUAACAGCUUAACAGAAGGUAGGGAGAGCGAUCCAUGGCUGUCCCGAUAGACCCACUCAGACUCCUGCCGGAAGAUACUCCUCCGGUUGAUCCAGAUGAGACAGUUCUAGCAGAUGAUCAGUUACAGACUGAAGAACAUAUCCCACAGAUCAAUGCGUCAACAUCUGCAAAUGAAGCUGAUAUCAGAAUCGACAUGAUGAUGGUACUACACGAGAUGCUCAUGGAAAAGGUCUCCGUUUGCUUUCCUCCUCCCACGAGCAGUACAAAGUGUGGGUUCAACUUUAAUCUGAUAGAAGAUAUCGUAUGCGGAACCCAAGCCCGGCCAUGUCUGUACAUAAUAACGAAAGAAACCGGUUAUGCUGCGAGGGCGUUUACCUCGAUAGAUGUUGAAAAUGCCCACAGCAUUAUAAAUCAUUUGGACCGCCGAGGGGUCCAAAACUCCUCAAUCGAAGAGCUUAGUAGACAUGCCAGCAACCUACAGAGACUUCAAAUUCUCAGGAAACCUCUCUAGGACGGAAGCUUUAUACUCCGACAUCCACAAUUUACCACGCCCCUGAGAUCGACAAAGGUCUUUCUGAUAGAUUGACUUCCAGCCAAUUCGAUCUAUCGAAGCCGAGUGGGAAGAACAAAGAACUGAAACCCCAUGGUCGCAACGAUGCUCCUCGCGGACAAGGGAGAGUUAGGGCCAUCGGUGGUCACAAGACUGGAUAAUAUUUAUUUUUUAAGCGUUGAGG